GAGAAGGGGGAGGGUUUAGGGGUCAGAGAUACUCAGAGAGACGGGCUGCUGGUGGCGAAGAUGGCGGAUGGGGAUAGCGGCAGUGAGCGCGGUGGCAGCAGCGGUGGCGGAGGAGGAGGAAGCGGUGGAUUUCAACAUUACCAGCGGGAGCCAGAGACACAGGAGCUGGCUUCGAAGAGGCUGGACAUUCAGAACAAACGCUUCUACCUUGACGUGAAGCAGAACGCCAAAGGCCGGUUUAUCAAAAUCGCAGAGGUCGGCGCCGGGGGCUCUAAAAGUCGUUUGACCCUCUCCAUGUCAGUUGCUGCCGAGUUCCGCGACUAUCUGGGGGAUUUUAUAGAGCACUACGCCCAACUCGGGCCUAGCACCGCGGAGCAGAUCGCUCAGUCGUCCGGUGGGGAUGACAGCGGGCCUAGACGGGCCUUGAAGAGCGAGUUUUUGGUGCGUGAGAACCGAAAAUACUACCUCGACCUGAAGGAGAACCAGCGGGGUCGGUUUCUCCGGAUCCGACAGACCGUCAACCGAGGCCCCGGUUUCGGCGUCGGAGUGGGGGGCAUACCCGGUGCCGGCAUGCAAUCCGGCCAAACCAUCGCUCUCCCGGCCCAGGGGUUAAUAGAGUUCCGCGAUGCUUUGGCCAAGCUGAUAGACGACUACGGGGGAGACGAGGAGGAGCUGGCCGGCGGCGGAGGGGCCGGGGGCUACACCGAACUUCCGGAGGGCACUUCGAUCAUGGUGGACUCCAAGCGCUUCUUCUUCGACGUCGGGUCCAACAAGUACGGGGUCUUCUUGCGGGUGAGCGAGGUGAAGCCCAGCUACAGGAACUCUAUAACGAUCCCCUUCAAAGCGUGGGGCAAGUUCGGGGGAGCGUUCAGCCGCUACGCCGAGGAGAUGAAGGAGAUCCAGGAGCGGCACCGGGACAAGAUGUACGAGCGGAGAACCGGAGAGGAGUCGGAGGGAGACGACGUGGACGACGAUUGACGCAGAGGGAGAAGCGGCUUUCUGUGGGCUAAAGUUGACAACAUGAUGCAAAGCCUGGAGAGAGGAGCGACUAUUUUGUGCAUGACGAAUCGAACUAUAAAAAAAAAAAUGCUUAAAAAAAAGUAUAUUUGACUGAAAAAUUUGUUUAUGUAAGAGAAACAUGUUCUAAAGUUUAGGUGGAUGUUAUAGCUAAAAAUGAGUGCAGACUGCAGUAGUCAGCCUCUGUAUGAGAUUCCCCGUUGAUAAAGUAUAUUCUAUUUAAUAUAUAUCUAUCUAUAUAUUGAUUGUCCCAUUGAUAACCUCACAUGUAGCCCAGCAAGUUCAGUUUGGCAGAAACACAACAGUUGGUUACCUGGACUCCUGCUUGAUAUCCAAUGGUGAGAGCUCACUCAGUGCUGACCUGUAGUCUGUGAUGAUGAGGAUGAUGAUGAUGAUGAGGAAGAGUAAAAUGUGACAUACUCAAUCCAGCAGUGGCUGUGAGGGAGUGCUGGCAUCGCUCACCAUGGCUGUUUGUGUUUUUUCUAAAGCGAUCAGAACCAAACGGCUCGUCCAGACAGAACCGCCGCGUCCAGCAGGCCUGGGGGCAGAACGUCCGGCCUGGAGGCAGUAGGGUUACCAGCUGUAAGCACACGUCAUCUCGGCCUCUCCAGCCCAGUCCGGCCCUGGUGCAGACCUGGUGCUGACCCUUGACCCUUGCUGCGGCGCGGCGGUGAGGCCUGCUCAAACGUGGCUUGUUGUGUCUCAGGGCUAAAGCAUAAAACUAAAAUCCAAGCCCACAUUUUUUUGGGAGGGUUUCCCAGCAUUCCCUGUGCCUGUCGCUGCAGCCGAGUCGUCCGGUGCGGGCCACCUUUGACCUUUGACCCGGUGGCCUUCUCGUUCACGCUGGUGUCACCGUUCCCCAGCUGCAGCUUAGCGUUGCCAGGUUUGAUCUAGAAUCACCUCCAGGGUCGUCCGUGUUGACUUGCUUAGGGUGCAUCAUUUGGAUCCUCGAAUCUUGAACUCUGACCUUUUAUGACUGGAGCAACAUUCAGUCUGAUUGUAACAGAAUAAAUUAGGUGCUUUUGAAAAAGAACCUCCUGCGGGGGGAGUUGUAUCUAAAAGAUAUAUAUAUAUAAAUAUAUAUAUAUGUACUGAAAGAGAUUUACUAACUAAAAAAAUUGAUAGAAUUAUUUUUAAAGAGAUAUAUUCAAAUAUGUCUUAGAAAUAUGAGAUUUAUUAGAUAAUGCUGCCUAAAGUGGCCUAUUUAAAACACUAAACUUGGAUGCAACGGUCCAGGGUUAUAUUUCAUACCUGCUUUUCUUUUUUUUCCUAAUAUAUCUUUUAUUCCUUAGAGGAAACUUAAGAGAACAACAGAUUGGUUCCGCCGUAUGUUAAAGCAAUUUGUAGAAGCAGCUUCUCUGAAGUCUGUGAACUCUCAGCACUCCAGGUCACUUUACCGCUUCGUUUCGUUCCCUCCUUUCAGUCCACCGCCGUUUUUCACUCCACAGCGUUUUCCCAUCAGUUGCCAUGCGACAAACGUAAACACCGGCAGCCGUCAGCGUUUGGUCCUUAGUGCUCCUUUUACUGAUGUUUUCUCUGUUUUGCAUGAAUGCUCUCUGACGCAGAGCCGCCUUGUGUUCUUUUCUUUCUGCAUUUUCAGAUUUGCUGUAUAAUGGUAUUUAUCCUUCUUUUUUGUUUUUAGAGCGGUUGCAAGUUUUUUUUCUGUGCUGCAAUAGACAGAAAGUUUACUUUCCAGCCUGACGAUGGUUUUUAAACGGCCACAGCGUUCCCGUGUUUUUUGGGGAAACCUCACUUUCAUCGUCUCUCUUCCUUUUGGUGUGAAAACUUCUCGUUGAAUUUUACUUUUCCUUCUCCAACACAGCAGAGAAAUGCCAUAUAUAUAUAUAUAUACAUAUAUAAAUAUAAAAAAUACAUGGGAGCAAUAGAUUUUUUCCUUUUCUAUUGAUAUAAUAUGCUAUAUAUAAAGUUACACAUGCGAUUUGAACUACAUCCUUCUUCUUGUACUGUGUUACGUGAAAUGGCAGCUGUUUCAGUCGUGUGUUCUGCUGUAAUAUUCUACCAACAUCCUUUCAACGAGAAAUAAUAAAAAAAGGUUUUUGCUCAG